GAAGGGAAGGAGGGUCCAGGGUGGCUGCGCGGGCUGUGCCGUCCCGUCCAGGUGUGCAGGGAGGAAUGCCAAGCCCUGAGUCAUGGGCACCCCCUCCUCCCUCUCCAGCUGGGAUAAAGCUCGUCCUCACCUGAGAUCCCGUCUCAUUUAUCGCAGCUCCCACCUUUCCUCCCCGCCAGCCCCCGGGAGGGAGAGGCAGCAGCUCCGGGACAGCGAGGGGAGUGAGAACAAAGUCGAUAUUUGACUGGAGGGUACAGAAAUCAGUGGGGAGGUAUGUGGGAGCGCGGGCUGCCUGCCCUCCCUGCCGGACUGGAAGUUGACGUUUAACCGGAAAGAGAAAAGAGACAGAAAAUAGAGAGGGAGGGAAAAAAAGAGAAGAAAGACUGGAAAUCAAGUUGUGGCAGCGAAGCAGCGCGUUCCCCCUCUUGCCUUUGGAAGAAUUUCUUGGCUUGCUGUGUGGGUGCCUGUUAUUUGGGCUGCAGCAGAGGAUUUGGACACUGAGUCAGACCCAGCGCUAAUGAGGAGGAAGAGGAUGGAUGCGCCGCCACGGAUGUGUGCCCGGCUGCUCCUCCUGUCCCUGCUCUGUGCCACCGGUUUCUGCCAAAGGAGCAAAAGUAACCGCUGUGUGCUGUCCCGGGCAAAGAGCUGCACCGAGUGCAUCCGGGUGGACAAGGACUGCUCCUUCUGCACCGACGAGAGCUUUGAAGAGUCUCGCUGCGACUUGCGGGAGAACCUGCUGCGGUACGGCUGCGGGGAGGCCAGCAUCGUCUACCGCAGGGGCGAGAUGCGGACCGAGCAGAAUUUCAGCAUCAACACAUCCCUGCAGAGGACCCAGGUGUCCCCCCAAAGCAUGUUCAUGCGCCUGCGAGCUGGAGAGGAGAUGAGCUUCAACAUGGAUGUCUUCCAGCCCUUGGAGAGCCCUGUGGAUCUCUACAUCCUUAUGGACUUCUCUUACUCUAUGUCUGAUGAUCUGGACAACCUCAAAAGCAUGGGUGAAAACCUAGCGGAGUUCCUACAAGCCCUGACAUCCAACUACACCAUCGGAUUUGGCAAGUUUGUGGACAAAGUCUCAUCCCCUCAGACAGACAUGAGACCUGAGAAGCUACGUGAGCCUUGGAACAAUGCCGACUCCCCCUUCUCCUUCAAGAAUGUCAUCCGUCUGACCAGCAACAUCAACCACUUCAGCCAGGAGCUCAGGAAGGAGCGCAUCUCUGGGAACCUGGAUGCCCCCGAGGGCGGCUUUGAUGCCAUCCUGCAGACAGCUGUUUGCAAGGAUAAGAUCGGCUGGAGGAAGGACAGCACUCACCUGCUCGUGUUCUCCACUGAAUCUGCCUUUCACUAUGAAGCUGAUGGUACCAACGUCCUGGCAGGGAUCCUGGCAAGAAAUGAUGAGCAAUGUCACCUGGACACCAGUGGCACCUAUGUGUAUGACACCAAGCAGGACUAUCCUUCGGUGCCCACCCUGGUGCGCCUGUUGGGCCAGCACAACAUCAUCCCCAUCUUUGCUGUCACUAACCACUCCUACAGCUACUACGAGAAGCUGCACAAGUAUUUCCCCAUCUCUGAGAUCGGGGUGCUCCAGGAGGACUCUUCCAACAUCGUGGAGCUGCUCCGCACAGCCUUUGAGCGCAUCCGCUCCAAGAUGGACAUCCGAGCUGACUUUGUCCCCAAAGCCAUGAAGACAGAGUUCACCUCCUUGGUGUAUGAGAAGACAGAAUCUGGCUCCUUCCACAUCAACCGUGGAGAAGUGGGCAAGUACAAUGUGCGUGUGAAGGCCCUUGAGUACGUUGGUGGGCAGCACGUCUGCAGCCUCCAGAAGACAGAGCGGGAGGGAGUUAUUCAUGUAAAACCCACGUCCCUGAGCGACAGCCUCAAAAUCAGAGCCUCUGUCUACUGUGAUGUGUGCUCUUGUGAACAGCAAAAAGAGUUUAGUUCACCCAAGUGCAGCUUCCACGGGGACUUUGCUUGUGGACAGUGCAUCUGCCACCCAGGCUGGCGAGGGGACACGUGCGACUGCUCCCCAGCAUCGUCCCCCAACAACGAAGCCUGUAUCCGCCCCGGGGAUACGGAGCCAUGCUCAGGCCGGGGCGAGUGCCUGUGUGGGAAGUGCCAGUGCUACUCCGAGGACCUGAGGCAGCGUUUUGAUGGGCCGUUCUGCCAAUAUGAUGUCCUGCAGUGCCCGCGCACCUCUGGCUUCCUCUGCAAUGACCGUGGUCGCUGCUCCAAGGGUGCGUGCGUGUGUGAGAGCGGCUGGGAGGGUCCAGGCUGUGAAUGUCCCACGAGCAAUGACACCUGCAUCGACAGCCGAGGGGGCAUUUGCAAUAACCACGGGAGAUGUGAAUGUGGCAGGUGCAUCUGUGACAAGGCUUCGCUGUACACCAGCUCCACCUGUGAAAUCAGCUACUCCCUGGGUUUCCAGGCUGUGUGCGAGAGCAUACGGGACUGCGUUCGCUGCCAGGCCUGGGGAACGGGCAACAAGAAAGCAAACUGCAGCAUGUGCCACCUCCAGAUCCAGAUGGUGGAAGAGCUGAAGAAAGAGGAGGCCAGUGAGUACUGCUCCUUCCAGGACGAGGAUGAUGACUGCACCUACCACUACACCCUGGAGGGAGACCCCACCGUCCUCCCCAACACCACUGUCCGUGUGCAGAAGAAAAAAGAAUGCCCACCGGGGAGCUUCCUCUGGCUCAUCCCACUGCUCAUCUUCCUCAUCCUGCUCCUGGGGCUGCUGCUGCUGCUCUGCUGGAAGUUCUGCGCCUGCUGCAAGGCUUGCCUGGCCCUGCUUCCCUGCUGCGCACGAGGUCGCACUGUUGGAUUCAAGGAGGACCAUUACAUGCUUCGCCACAGCCUCAUGUCCUCUGACCACCUGGACACCCCCAUGGUCCGCAGUGGGUCCCUCAAGGGCCGGGAUACAGUGCGCUGGAAGAUCAACAACAACGUUCACAAGCAGGGCUUCACCUCCCCCGCAGUCGCCAACCCCAAAGAUCUUGUUCCCUACGGGCUGUCUCUGAGACUGACCCGGCUUUUCACGCAGAACCUGGUGAAGCUGGACACCCGAGAGUGCGAGCAGCUGCGCAAGGAAGUGGAAGAGAAUCUGAAUGAGGUUUUCAAGCACAUCCCUGGCUGCCACAAGCUCCAGCAGACCAAGUUCAGGUUACAGCCCAAUUCUGGGAAAAGGCAGGACCACACCAUUGUGGACACAGUGCUCACUGCCCCUCGCUCGGCCAAGCCAGAGAUCAUCAAAGUGGUGGAAAAGCAUGUUUCCCAUGAGGCUUUCAAUGACUUGAAGGUUUCUCCGGGUUAUUACACUGUGACUUCAGACCAAGAUGCUCAUGGGAUGGUGGAGUUCCAAGAGGCCGUGGAGCUGGUUGAUGUCCGUGUCCCACUCUUCAUCAGGGAGGAGGAUGAUGAUGAGAAGCAGCUGCAGGUGGAGGCCAUCGAUGUCCCCACCGGCAUUGCAGAGAUUGGGCGCAGGCUUGUCAACAUCACCAUCAUCAAGGAACAAGCCAGCAGCCUCAUCACCUUCUUGCAGCCAGCCUAUUCCCACAGCCGGUUUGAUAAGGUAGCCAAGAUCCCUGUCCUUCGGGAGAUCAUAGACAACGGGAAAUCCCAAGUCACGUACAGGACACGAGAUCUCACUGCCAAGAACGGCAGGGACUACGUCUUCACAGAGGGUGACCUGGUCUUCCAGCCCGGGGAGACCCGAAAGGAGGUGCAGAUCCCCUUGCUGGAGCUGACUGAAAUAGAUACCCUCCUGCACAACUCCCAGCUCAAGCAGUUCGCUGUCGACCUCCUCCAUCCCAAGUACGGCGCCAAGAUUGGCCGAUACCCCCAGACCACGGUGACCAUCGCUGACCCAGAGGUGGUGGAUAGUGUCCCCUCGAUGACGGGCCUGAGCCAGGUCUCCCAGUCUCCCAAAGGCCGUCUGAGUGCACCGCUGAAUCCCAACGCCCAUGCUCUCAGUGCCAGGGAAAUCCGCUUCAGUUGGUUUCCUCCACCAGGAAAACCUCUGGGGUACAAGGUGAAAUACUGGAUCCAAGGCGACCCCGAGUCAGAAGCCCAUCUCAUCGAUGUCAAAGCACCGUCAGCAGAGCUGAGUAACCUCUACCCCUUCUGCGACUACGAGAUGCAAGUCUGUGCCUACAACGCCCUGGGUGAAGGGCCUUAUUCUGACAUCAUCCACUGCCGCACACUUGAGGAUGUCCCCAGCGAGCCUGGCCGCUUGGCUUUCAACGUCGUGUCUUCCACCGUGACGCAGCUGAGCUGGGCUGAGCCUGCAGAAACCAAUGGGGAGAUCACGGCUUAUGAAGUCAGUUAUGGCCUCGUUAACGAGGAUAACGUACCCAUUGGCCCAAUGAAGAAGGUGCUGGUUGAAGAUCCAAAGAAGCGCAUGGUGCUGAUAGAAAACCUGCGGGAGUCCCAGCCCUAUCGCUACAUGGUGAAGGCCAGAAAUGGUGCUGGCUGGGGACCCGAGAGAGAAGCCACCAUCAACCUUGCUACGCAGCCCAAGCGCCCCAUGUCCAUCCCCAUCAUCCCUGACGUGCCAAUCAUUGAUGCAGAGGGAGGUGAGGACUAUGACAGCUACUUGAUGUACAGCACAGAUGUGCUUCGUUCUCCAGCUGGCAGCAAGCGUCCCAGUGUCUCUGAUGAUUCAGGCUCCAGGUGGAAACACGUGCAGUUGCUGGGAGAAGACUUGGAUCUUCGCCGCAUCACCUGGAGGCUCCCACCUGAAACCAUUCCUCGCCUCUCUGGCAGCAGCCGCCUCUCCUCAGACACCGAGGGUCUCCUCGGUGAGGAGGACAGCGAUGGGGCUACUGGCAGCCUGACAAGGAGCAGGACCCCCCAGCCCCAAGCAGAGCACUUGCUGAAUGGCCGGGUGGACUUCUCCUUCCCCGGCAGCGCCAGUGGCACAUUGACCAGGACAACCAACAGCAGCUAUCAUCAGCUGAGCUCACACGUGCAGCAGGAGCACAGGGUGAUGGGAAGCUCCUCGCUGACAAGAGACUACUCCACGAUGCUGAUGGGGCAUGAUUACCCGGGGAGACUCCUCCCUCCCAUCCAUGAAGAUGCUGGGAGGACAGUCCCACAGCCCAGAGAUGUGGGUUUCAGGAGAAGGGCAAAGGUGAAGGGUUACUACCCCAGCACUGGCUUUCGGGACUCUAUAAUCAUGACCGAUGGGUCUGCGGGGAUUUGCAAGUAUAUAGACUCCAGGCUGCCACUGGGCAUCCCCGACACCCCCACUCGCCUGGUGUUCUCCGCCCUGGGACCCACCUCCCUGAAGGUGAGCUGGCAGGAGCCACACUGCGAGAAGGAGGUGCAGGGCUACAGCGUGCAGUACCAGCUCCUCAACGGAGGAGAGGUGCACCGACUCACCAUCCCCAACCCCAGCCAGAACUCGGUGGUGGUGGAGGACCUGCUGCCCAACCACUCCUACGUCUUCAAGGUGAAGGCACAGAGCGAGGAAGGCUGGGGCCCCGAGAGGGAAGGACUCAUCACCAUAGAGUGCCAGGUGGACCCACGGAGCCCGCUCAGACCUCUACCAGGUUCACCCUUCACACUGAGCACCCCCAGUGCUCCCGGACCGCUGGUUUUCACUGCCCUCAACCCUGACUCCCUGCAGCUCAGCUGGGAGAGACCCCGCAAGCCCAAUGGCUCUAUCUUGGGCUACAUGGUCACCUGCGAGAUGCUGCAUGGAGGAGGGGAGCCCAGGAAUAUCUAUGUUGAAGGAGACAAUCCAGAAACUAACCUGACCGUGCCACACCUGAGUGAGAACGUCCCUUACAAGUUCAAAGUGCAAGCCAAGACAACCCAAGGCUUUGGGCCAGAGAGAGAAGGCAUCAUCACCAUUGAAUCUCAGGAUGGAGGCACUUUCUCCCAGUUUGGAGGCCAGCAGUACAUGAGAGAAGUGUACAACUUCCCCACCGAAUACACCACCAAAACCAGCAUCAGCCAUUCCUCCCUGGAUCCCCACUUCACAGACGGCAUGCUGAUGACGAGCCAGCGAGUGGAGAGCGCUAGCAGCACCCUCACCAAACAGGUCACCAAAGAGUUUGUGAGCCGGACCGUGAUGUCCAGCGGGACCCUCACCAAGCAGAUGGAGAGGCAGUUCUACGAGGCCUGAGCCAGGGCAGGCUGCCCACCCACGGGAUGCUGCCAUUCGGGUGGCAGGACUUUGUGGAAUGAUCCAGGGGUGCUGCAUCCAGAUGCUGCCGCAGUGCCUGGGCAGAGACCCUCCACAGCACUUCGAGCUCUGGACCUCUCCUUUGGAGCCCAGCGCACUCAAAGCUCUGGCACGGUUGGGUCAUCAGGUGUGUGCUCAUCCUGCAGGGUUUGUUCACCCUGUCCUGCUCUGUGAGAGACUCACUUCUACAGAGUCCACAGAGAUGUCUUCCAUGAACCAUCACUGCUCACUCCAAUACCAUUCUUCAGUGCCCCCUCAUCCAAGUACACCUGCAGCAAUUCAGGUGUUUUGGUGGCUCCAGCCUCCCUAGAUAAAUGUAACAGAAUGAUUUAUUCUCAGGUCCUCAGUUUUGAGAGGAUCGCAGCUGGUAGCAUGCUGAUUUAUAGAGGGUUUAUAGAGGGUCACCAUUCCCAUAUGUGCUCCAGGCUCUUCAGCAAUUUGGCUGUCCAGCGGAGAUGGUUAUUUUGUUCUUUUUUAUUAUUAUUACUUUUUUAAUAUGAGACCUGCAAGAUAGGGGUUCAGGGUAACUGAUGCUUUCUUACUGCACCUAUUUGUGUCUAUUAUUCGCUGCUAACAUUUGGUACCAUGAUAGCAAAGUACAGCCUUUCAUUUGUAUAGCACUAAUUGUGGCCUUUGCAUUUUUUGGCGUAAAAUAUUGUACAGUUUUCGUAGUCUAUAUACAUAUAUAUAUAUAUAUAUAAAUGUAUUUUAUUAUUUUAUUAAAAAAAUGGAGGUGGACCUAUGCUGAAUAUUGAGGCUACACUGGGACUGUGACUGCUGAGAAAGCUGAAAAACUGGAAGAAACUAGUUAAGGGCUCAAUCCAAAGGCCACUAAACCCCAUAGAAAGCCUGUUGAUGAGCUCUGCCUUGGUGGCCUUAUAUUCUCCAGCACCAGACAGGGCCAGACCUGCUCCCUGCACAGCAUCCACCAGCCCAGGGGUCUGCAGCCACCGCACCUGCGGGCAGAAGGGCUGGGAGCUGCCUGGAGAUGGGAACGGUGCCUGGGACUUCUAACAAGGCUUGAUGUGGAGAGCGUGAGAUUUUUGGGGCAGAUGUACCUUUUCAAAAAGAUCUUUUGCACAGCAGCAACAUCCAGAAAGGGACCUGUGAUGGCUCAGUAAACACAAGGGAAGAGCAAGGCUGGCAGCAGCGGUCUUACUCCUCAUCCUGUGCCAGUCUCUUCUUCAGCCCUUGGCUUUAGCUGACCUGGGAUGGUGCUGGGUGCAGCGCUGAGCUGAGACCUUGCUGGGCCUCGUUUCCUGGCUCUGGGCAUGAUGCCUGGUGUCUGUCUGCCUUCUGCCAAGGAGAACGAUUGGGCUGAACAGCACAUUUCCCUGUCGUGCUUCAGCUGUGCGGAGCAGGCGCGGAGCCUGCCGAAAGCAGGGAUCCUGCUCAAAGCAGCAGCUGCCACUGUUCUGGGUCAGAGCUUCCAACCAAAACCGCAUCUGCCUGGUCUCCCCGGCAGCACCACCUGCCUGAUUUGAUCUGACGUUUACCUUGGCUUGUCUUUUUAUUUCGGAAUGAGGGGAAGACUUCCCAGCACCGACACCACCAAGAGCUCCCUUUCCUCUCCAGGCUGCUUGAGCAGGAUGGGUUGUACCAAAGAUGCAUGAGGAUGAGUAAACCCACAGGAGUCCCCACGACUGCAGAUGGAGUUAGGUCAGUUUUGAAGUUGGGUCAAGAACUACUUCAUCGAUCCUAUGGUUUUACUGUGCUUUCAGGAAGCACUUAUUUUUCCUGAGCAAGUACCAGUGGCGUUAGCCUGCUUCCCAGUUGCCCUCUCACCUUUGUGGCUGGGGUCUCCAGCUGACAUAUCUCCUGCUGCACAAGGACUCUGGCAUACCUUUCCCUGUGCUUUGUGGUCCAGGGUAAAACAGUGAAUACAGCCUCAAAAGGCAGGGCUGUUACCUGAGAGAAGGGCACAGCCCGUCAGCUGUGGCUCUCCAGGGCAUCACACCAUCCCCACAUGCAAGAGGCUGCACACCUAACCCUGCCUUGCACUACAACAGUGUCACUUCUCAACUUUCAUCUGCUCAUUAGGGCUGAUGGUGUUUCAGCCUUUCCAAGGUGGAUCCAGCAGCCUGCUCCAACAGCAGGUCUUUGAUCAGAUAGCUUCUUAUUGCACUCAAUAAAUGUUUUCUCUACA